UUUCCAUUCCGCUUACGCCAUAUCUUGAGCUAUAAAUUCGGAAAAAUCUCAGUUUUCCAAGAUAGAAAAACAAGAAACAUGUUCAGAUUUGCUUUCGUUUUCGUUCUGGCUCUAGGCAUCCAGGCACAAGUUCCUGCACCAGGAAAAUGUCCUGAAAUCGCCUCAGUUCAACAAGACUUCGAUUUGAACAAGUAUUUGGGUACUUGGUACGAAGAAGAAAAGUAUUUCGCGAUAUUUGAGCUUGGUGGAAAAUGCAAUUCUGCUGAAUAUUCCUUGAACGAAAAUGGUACUGUGAGUGUCAAUAACAAACAGAUUGACAAGACAACUGGAAAAGAGACGACAAUUGUAGGAAAUGCCAAGCCUGCUAGUGCAAAAAAUGAGGGGAAAUUUCUUGUCAACUUCCCUGGAAAAGGAUUCCAAACGGAUGCACCUUACUGGGUCUUGGAAACUGACUAUGACAAUUACUCAGUGGUGUGGUCAUGCGUGGAUAUUCCUCCAAUUGUCAGUGCAGAAUUCGCAUGGAUACUGACUAGAGAACGAAGCCCAGCUCAAGAAAUAGUGGACAAAGCACACGCUGUUUUCGACAGACUCAACCUCAGCAGAAAGCCAUUGACCAAAACAGAUCAAACAAACUGUUGAAAUUUCGAAUUUUUGAUUAUACCUACUAUAACACACUGAUAAAAUAAAAUUAAUUUUUUUU